AUGGCAUCGAGGUCGAUCCGAAUUGCAGGCAAGUCUCUCAUACUAGAUACAAGCCAUGGUACUGACAUCUCAGGCGCCUCUGGCUCUGCCUCCGACCGUCGACACGCCCUUGCUGCAUUUGCAAAGAAUUACCCUUCAGAUCCAGUCGAUAGCAUCAUCCUUGAUCUAAUGUCAGAAGCCAACAUGACAAUAGCGGCGGCGAGAAAAGUUGACAUGGAAUCCUUGGCUGUCUCCGAUGGCGCUCCAUUUGCAGGUUCCGGCCCAGCCUUUGAGGCGUCUUUCCUGGAGGCUCUCGAACCAGCUCUGGAAGACCUAGCCAAGCAUGGCAUAAAGGUUGCCGCAAAUGCAGGGAACUCCGAUACUGAAGCUCUCUACAAGAUUGUUUGCGACAUGAUCAAGAAGAAGGGGUUAGAUAUGAAAGUGGCAUGGAUAUCCGGUGACGAAGUUCUCCCGGCCAUUAACUCUGCCUUGAACGAUGGCUCGUCCAAGUUCAAGAACGUAUACACUGGCGAGACGCUUUCUUCGUGGGAAUUUGAGCCGAUAUAUGCUCAUGCAUACUUGGGCGGCCUAGGAAUCGCCGAAGCGUUUGCUCAAGGGGCACAAAUUGUUAUAUGUGGGCGUGUCGCCGAUGCAUCACCAGUUAUUGGAUCGGCCUUCUGGUUCCAUAAAUGGCAAAGGUCGCAACUGAAUGAAUUGGCCAAUUCAUUCGUUGCAGGUCACCUGAUCGAAUGUUCUACAUAUGUUACCGGGGGCAAUUUCUCGGGUUUCAAGUCCUUGGAGAAUGCCCCUGCCGGUUGGGUCGAUAUCGGCUACCCGAUUGCGGAAAUCUCUCAAGACGGAGCCGUGGUGAUCACCAAGCAGAAGUCAUCGGGCGGAGCAGUCACAAUACAUACCUGCUCUUCUCAACUGCUUUACGAGAUUCAAGGGCCAUGGUACUACAACAGUGAUGUGACCGCUGUUUUGGACCAGAUUUGGUUUGAACAAAUUGGCCCAGAUCGAGUUGCCGUGCAUGGUGUCCGAGGGCUUCCACCACCUCCCACUACCAAAGUGGGAAUCACCGCCCGAGGAGGCUUUCAGGCUGAGGCCUCAUAUUAUAUGACUGGCCUCGAUGUUCCCGAGAAAGCACGGAUGACAGAAGUACAGCUGCGAAAGGGAUUGAAACCAUACUCUGAUAAGUUCUCGCUCCUCUCAUUCAGCGUUCUAGGGACUCCGGCCGUCGAUUCGGAUAAUCAAAAUGCAGCCACUGCAGUCUUCCGUAUAUUUGCUCAAGCACGAAAAGCAGACGAUAUCGCUCCUCAGAAGUUUCUUCGCCCCGUGAUUGACAAUAUCAUGCAGUCCUAUCCAGGGGGCACUUUUCACUUGGAUUUCCGACUUGGUAUACCUAAGCCAUACUUUGAGUAUUACGUUACUCUCCUAGAUCAGUCCCAGAUUCAACAUGUUCUCCAUUUUAACGGCAAAGACACAUUCAUUCCGCCACCGACCAUUACCAAAGUGUUCCCCGAGCAUCAGCCCAGCCAGAGCCAUGCAGCUUUGCCCAUCGACCUGCAAAAAUUUGGCCCCACUGAACGAGGACCCCUAGGAUGGAUUGUCAAUGCUCGCUCCGGAGACAAGGGUUCCGACUGCAAUUGCGGCUUCUGGGUACGCCAUCAAGACGAAUUUGUGUGGCUCAAGAAUAUUCUUUCAAUCGACACCAUCAAAAAGUUGUUGGGGAAGGAACAUGAUACGUCACGGACACCAAAGAUCGAGAUUGAACGGUUCGAGUUGCCCAAUCUCCGAGCAGUACACUUCUUGUUUCGAAACCUGCUUGAUCGGGGAGUUUCGAGCACAAGUAGCGUCGAUUACUUGGGCAAGAAUUGUGCCGAGUUUCUUCGUUCCAGGCAUGUGGAUGUACCUGUGCGGUUCCUUGCCAGGGGAAAAUUGUAG